UCGUUCUUUCUAGUUUUUCCUCUCUUUUUUUCCACAUUUAAAAAACAAAAAACAAACGAAAAAAGAAAACCGUGAAAGAAAGCAGCUAAGAUUGGUUUCGUUGCAACCCUAGAUCUGAUUUAUUUUAAAAGGUUUUAAGACAGUUACAACAUUUUAGCAAAAGUUGCCUAAGUUGAACAAUCAUACUUUUUUGGUGCAUUCAGUAUAAGAUGGAAGAUGGAUUGUCAAGUUCUUGGGGUCCUGUCACAUCCACCGACUGGUGUGAGAAAAACUAUGUUCACUCAUCUUACAUUGCAGAGCUUUUCAACACAAUAUCCAAUGUCCCGGGUAUUCUUUUGGCACUUAUUGGCCUUAUAAAUGCCUUAAGACAACAAUUUGAGAAGAGGUUUAGUGUCCUUCACAUAUCUAACAUGAUACUUGCCAUUGGGAGCAUGCUAUACCACUCCACACUACAACGCAUGCAACAGCAAGGUGAUGAAACACCAAUGGUGUGGGAAAUGCUUCUAUAUUUUUACAUCCUCUACUCACCAGAUUGGCAUUAUCGCAGUACAAUGCCUAUUUUCCUGUUCUUUUAUGGAGCUGGAUUUGCAGUUGUCCAUGCUAUCUUCCGCUUUGGAAUUGCCUUCAAGGUGCAUUACAUCAUUCUCUGCCUUCUCUGCAUCCCUCGCAUGUACAAAUACUACAUCUACACUCAAGACAUCUCUGCAAAGCGACUCGCAAAGUUAUAUGUAGCAACUUUGUUCUUGGGGAGUAUUUGUUGGCUUUCUGACAGGGUGUUCUGCAAGGAGAUUUCAAGUUGGUACUUCAACCCUCAGGGUCAUGCUCUAUGGCAUGUCUUCAUGGGCUUCAAUUCAUAUUUUGCCAACACAUUCCUGAUGUUUUGUCGCGCUCAGCAGCGAGGAUGGGAUCCAAAAGUCGCCCACUUCUUGGGUGUUUUCCCUUACGUCAAGAUUCAAAAACCAAAGAGCCAGUGAGAAAGCAAGCUUGCUGCACCAGUUAUUCUCUCUUCCACCUUGCUACUCCCUCACUCUGAUUUUUGGCAGUAGGUGUUGUUUAUGGCAGCUCACAGGCAUAGAAUUCACAAUAUUUUUUUACCUUGUGUCUUAAAAAAAGGAUGUAAAUGAUAGUUUAAUGUUGAUAUUAUUGGUGAGACGUUGGUUAUUUUUACUGUAACACUAGUGUUUUUGCCCAUCAAAAACACCCUUUCCCAUCCCUUAAAAUCAUGUGUGGCUUUCACUUAGAUAUCAUGGAUUUGGACACUUAGUAUUACAGAUAUUAGUUUAAUGUAUUUGUGAUGGAAAUAGGAAUUUUUUUAAUCUUUUAUUCAAGUUCUUAGAAUUUGAAUUAUAUAUUAAUGAUUUAAUUUAUUCAAUUUUGAAUUUGUCUCUCAUGCAAGAAAAGUCAGACAAAAUUCAAUCCCAAACACUAUCUUUUGCUUUAUGGAUUCAAAACCCAAAAACCCAAUUUGGGUUACAUAUGAUCAUCUAAAAGCCCUAGAAUUAAAAAGUCUAAGACAUAGGACGACUUUUCUUGUUGUA